AUGACUGUCACAAACGACCUGACUCAUCGGAGUCCCUCGGGCCACCAGCUCGCCCUCGAGGACCGCUUUGAGGUUUUGAAGGAGAUUGGCGAUGGUAGCUUUGGUAGCGUCGUUCUUGGAAGGGUCCGGACAGCGGGUGCCAACGUUGCCCGCCGAGGGACUGUGGUUGCUAUCAAGACUAUGAAGAAGACCUUCGAGUCAAUAACGCCCUGUAUGGAGCUCCGCGAGGUCGUCUUUCUCCGCACCCUCCCUCAACACCCUCACCUCGUCCCCGCCCUCGACAUCUUCCUGGACCCUUACAGCAAGAAGCUGCACAUCUGCAUGGAGUACAUGGAGGGCAACCUCUACCAGCUGAUGAAGGCCCGCGAUCACAAGUGCCUCGACAACGCCAGCGUCAAGAGCAUCCUCUUCCAGAUUAUGCAGGGCCUCGAGCAUAUCCACUCCCACCACUUUUUCCACCGCGACAUCAAGCCCGAAAACAUCCUCGUCUCCACUUCCUCCCACAGUGAAUCCAGUAACUCCUUCCGACGAUAUUCAGCUCUCGUGACGCCUCCUUCUACGCCUCCCACCUAUACCGUCAAGAUCGCCGACUUUGGUCUCGCUAGAGAGACACACUCGAAGCUUCCCUACACCACCUACGUUUCCACAAGAUGGUACCGAGCCCCCGAGGUUCUCCUGCGAGCGGGAGAGUACUCUGCUCCCGUGGACAUUUGGGCCGUUGGUGCCAUGGCUGUUGAGAUUGCCACUCUCAAGCCGCUGUUCCCCGGUGGAAACGAGGUCGACCAGGUAUGGAGGGUAUGCGAGAUCAUGGGAAGCCCUGGCAACUGGUACAACAAGUCGGGCGCUCGUGUUGGUGGUGGCGAUUGGCGUGAGGGUACCAGACUCGCCGGCAAGCUGGGUUUCUCGUUCCCUAAGAUGGCCCCCCAUGCCAUGGAUACCAUCCUCCAAACACCGCAGUGGCCCACCGCUCUGAGCCAGUUCGUCACCUGGUGUCUGAUGUGGGAUCCCAAGAACCGCCCGACCUCCUCUCAAGCUCUCGCUCACGAAUACUUCCUCGACGCCGUCGAUCCCAUGCGCCCCAAGUCCUCCGCCUCUAGAAUCCUCGGACGCAAGCAGUCUGACCUUGGCCGUAGCAGCAAGGACUCGUCUACUACUCCCACCUCCACAAAGCAAUCUUGGUUCCGCAAGUCGCUCAUCGGUCGCUCCGAGAGCUCCGACCUGGCCACCGUGCAAGCCCAGGUCAAGGAUGCGUCUGCUCCUCGACCUGCUCCAGUACAUACCUCAUCGACUACCGAAGUGCCUUCAAACGCUAAGCCACGCCCAGCGGCCGGAAAGAGAACUACUUGGACCAACGGCCCCUCGAACGUCGCUCCCAUGCCCAUCCUUCCCACGAUCAGGCCCAUCUCGCCGGUCCCCGAUGCUGUAACUGCCCGAGCCAACAACGGUUACAACGACUCGUACGCUAAUGGACAUGGCCAGGGGAAGACCAAGAAACUUGGCCGGCAGCUCUCUGUCGCUUCGAGCACGAACAACUACACCGAGAUGCACCGACAGCAAGCAGAGCGCGCCCUCAAUGGAAAUUCGGGCCUUGCGUCGCCACCCAGUGGUCAAAAAGAAAGCUUCUUUUCACACCUUAGAAAGCGUGCCAGACGCUUCUCAGGUCGACACCAGACACCCGUUUCCCCUUCAUACGAUGAUCUGGAAGCUCAAGCUGGAUGCGGCCCUUGGGCUAGCAACCGGUCGUCCAUGGUUAUUGACCAAACACAGCAGCAGGCUCCCAUUCCCAAGUCAGAGGUCUAUGAGUCCCUGGAUAAAGCCCUGCGGGAUGUCCAGAACAAUCUCGACUCGCGUCCACCUGUACCGCCCGCCCAUCAGCUAUCGCCUACGAGCAACCUCAAGCGGCAUCACUCGCUACCUCACCACCAAGCUAGGUCAGUCGACAACCUGAUUGGCGCCGCCCGAGGUGGUCCCAUCUCGAGCCGAACACGACGAGCACAGGCGACGCAUGGGGUGCAUCAGUAUGAAGCCCCUGAUGAGGAGGAGGAACUGUUGGAUGAGGCUCUCACCUCUACCCAACGUGCGAUGAAGCGCAUGGAGCAGAACUCGAGCAAGCCUCUCCGCCAGUCGGCUAGCAACCUGGGUUUGAUGAACCCAUAUCCAACCCCUUCGCCCUCGGCCAGUGGCAACCAAGUCCUCUUCGGUGAUGGCAACGAGGCCGUCACUCCGAGGCCACUUGAUCUACACAAGAAGUCCGAGGGCCAGUACAAGUGGCCAACGCCCCCUUAUGAGGAGAGCGAGUGGGCGGCUUCAGCGGCGGCUAGCAUCUGGGCAGCUGGCAACCGUUUCUAA